CUUUAACAACAACAAUGGUGGCUAAUCGAAGACGUGUUUGGUGUUGUUUCGCCGUGCGCGGAUGACUGCCCCCUGCUCCACUUACCACACGGACCGGACGGGCGAAUCUUCGGGGGGAGGAUGAAGCGGCGCAAUGCGGACUGCAGCAAACUCAGACGGCCGUUAAAACGGAACCGAAUCACGGAGGGUAUAUAUAGCAGUACAUUUCUGUAUCUGAAGUUCCUGGUCGUGUGGGUGUUGGUUCUGCUGGCUGACUUUGUGCUGGAGUUCAGGUUCGAGUACCUGUGGCCCUUCUGGCUUUUUCUCCGCAGCGUCUACGAUUCCUACAGAUAUCAAGGACUGGCGUUCUCGUUCUUCUUCGUAUUUGUGGCGUUGACAUCAGACAUCAUCUGCCUCCUCCUCAUCCCCGUUCAGUGGCUCUUCUUUGCUGCCAGCACUUAUGUGUGGGUCCAGUAUGUGUGGCACACAGAGAGAGGAGUGUGUCUCCCCACUGUAUCGCUGUGGAUCCUGUUUGUUUACAUCGAAGCUGCCAUCCGCUUUAAAGAUCUGAAGAACUUUCACGUUGACUUGUGUCGACCUUUUGCUGCUCACUGCAUUGGCUACCCGGUUGUUACUCUGGGCUUCGGCUUCAAGAGCUACGUGAGCUACAAGAUGCGCCUGAGGAAGCAGAAGGAGGUGCAGAAGGAGAAUGACUUCUACAUGGAGCUGCUGCAACAGGCGCUACCUCCAGAGCAGCAGAUGCUCCAGCGACAAGAGAGGGAGGCAGAGGAGGCCAAAGGGAUUUCAGAGGCAGAACCCUUAGUAAUAUCCCAGAACGGGGGCCCUCCCGGUAAGAAAAGCUCCUCAGUGCCAUUGCCAGAGCUGGAGUAUCGGGAGAAAGGGAAGGACAGCACCGCAAAAGAGCGGGAAAGCAAAAAGCAAAACAGCCUGGGAAUCAAUAACAACAACAUUCUACACUCACUGGACUCCAAACUACAGGAGACGGAAUAUAUUGAGAACUUCAUCAGGGCAAAGAAACUUAGUAACGACGUGGCGGCAGACAGCGAGGCCCCUGCACACGCUGCUUCCAAAGAGGAAGCGGCGGGAAGCGGCAAGAACUGCAAAAAUGCUUCCGGGGGCGGCGUCUCCAACUCCCCUCCCAGGAAUCACAGCUUCAGCAACGGCAGCGUUCAGACGGCUUCCUCGGCCAGCAAGAAUGAGAAGAAGCAGAAAGGAGGGAGCGGGAAAAGUCAGAGGGAUCCUGUGGAGAACUGCAUCCCCAACAACCAGCUGGGAAAACUGGAUGCUUUAGUCCGGCUGGAGCAGGACGUGAAGCGCCUGAAGGCGGACCUCCAGGCCAACAGACAGCUAGAGUCGGACCUGCGGUGUCAGCUGUCCUCGCUCAGCAGCCAAGACCGCAACCUGCGCUCCGAGCUGGGCCAGCUCCGUCAGGACAACGAUCUGCUCCAGAACAAGCUCCACGGCGCCGUGCAGGCCAAGCAGAAAGAUAAGCAGACCAUCUCCCAGCUGGAGAAGAGGCUAAAAGCCGAGCAGGAGGCUCGCAUCCUGGCUGAAAAACAGCUGGCUGACGAGAGGAAGAGGAAGAAGAUGGAGGAGGCCACGGCUGCCAGGGCGGUGGCUUUGGCCGCAGCUACAAGAGUGGAGUCCAACGAUUCGCUGCGUGGUCGGAUUCGAGAGCUGGAGACGGAGUGCAAGAAGCUCAGCAUGGACAUGAAACUCAAGGAGGAGCAGAUUCGGGAUCUGGAGGGCAAGUGUCAGGAGUUGCGCAAGUACAAGGAGAACGAGAAGGACACGGAGGUUCUGAUGUCGGCGCUGUCCGCCAUGCAGGAGAAGACUCAGCACCUGGAGAACAGCCUGAGUGCAGAGACCAGGAUCAAGCUGGAUCUCUUCUCCGCACUGGGAGACGCCAAGAGGCAGCUGGAGAUAGCACAAGGCCAGAUCCACCAGAGGGAGCAAGAGAUCGCCGAGCUGAAGCAGAAGAUAGCGGAGGUGAUGGCGGUGAUGCCCAGCCUCUCCUACUCGUCAGACGGCAGCAACCUCAGCCCCGUCACGCCGCACUACUCCUCCAAGUUCAUGGACAAUAGUCCCUCCUCCCUGGACCCCAACGCCUCCGUCUACCAGCCCCUCAAAAAAUGACUCAAUCCAUUUUUUGGAGUUCAAUCUCUCGGUUUCAGUUGGGGUCUCCCCCGAGUUUACAAACUCCUGACAGUGUUUGCACUCUGAAGGACACAAAUAUACAUAUCUGCUGGGGGUCGUGACCUUCACUUUCAGUCAGAGGAGGAAAGAAAGAGCCAUCGUGUGUCAAUCUUCUUUUCCCAGAACAGGCAUUAUUACCUUCUUCACCAAGUGAGAAUGUAAGCAGCACUCAUGCUUUCUUAGUGUAGAGCACUGAUCUUCUCACAAUAUGCACUUCCCCUCACAACCAGGCUUAUUUGCCAAAACCACCAACACCAAAUUACAACCCCUCAUAUAUUCAAUGAACUAUUUGCAGAUUUUGCAGUGCCUUGCAUAAAAUCCUGCAGUUUCUCCUCCAAUAAGGUUGUUUUUGCAGCAAAAACAAAGCUGUGAUUGUCUCACGCCCAACAGUUUACAUCAUGUACAGUACAGGCCAAUAUAGUGUGGACACUAUGACUAUUUACAUUGUAGAUUGUCACAUCAAAACUAUGAAUGAACACAUAUGUACUUAAACAACUGACAACAUGUUUUAUAUUCUACUUUCUUCAAAAUAGCCACCCUUUGCUCUGAAUUACUGCUUUGCACACUCUUGGCAUUCUCUCCAUGAGCUUUAGGAGGUAGUCACCUGAAAUGAAGCUCAUAGAGAUAAAGUUAAAGUUCAAGUAGCAAUGAUUGUCACACACACACACACACACACACGAGGUGUGGCGAAAUUAUUCUCUGCAUUUGACCCAUCACCCUUGAUCACCUCCUGGGAGGUGAGGGGAGCAGUGAGCAGCAGCGGUGGCCGCGCCCGGGAAUCAUUUUUGGUGAUUUAACCCCCAAUUCCAACCGUUGAUGCUGAGUGCCAAGCAUUGAGGUAAUGGCUCCUAUUUUUAUAGUCUUUGGUAUGACUCGGCCAGGGUUUGAACUCACAACCUACCCAUCUCAGGGCGGACACUCUAACCACUAGGCCACUGAGUAGAUACGCAGAUACGUUGCAAAAUAAGCUAUUCACGCAAAAAUAUUUUGUAAAUGUAUUAACAAACCUUAAUUGUUUCCAAACAGUGCCUAAAAAAACGGCUGCUCAAACAAAACAGAAGUCAUCUUCAUGUACCCACUGGCUGUGGACGCUAGCUCUCCAAUCAGCUAAACAGACUCAAUAACUCCACGGUGACGUUUUGGUGAAUUUACUGAGGAAUUUGUGGAACUGAAACAAUACAAAACGCUCAUGGAGAGAAUGCCAAGAGUGUGCAAAGCAGUAAUGUUAGCAUGUAAGCGAACUAUCCAUUAGGCCAUAGUUUUAUGAACGUGUGGGUAUUAGUCACGGUUUUCGAUUGUUUUAAUUUAAUACGGUAAUACUAACCUAGUGUUUUGUGUUGAAUAGUUUAAACUCAAGCAGAGACACUAAAGAGGUGUGUUAUUGUUUGUGCUGUGGCGCCUUUUUUGGUACGAGUUGCGGGUUGAAAACGUACUUACUGUUUGAAUGCCUUAAACUGGAAGUAAAACUGUCCAUAGCGAAACUGCUCAAAAAGACUCUUCAGACAUAACUACAAUACAACCUAAAAACAAAUAAGACUUACUGAACUGCCUGUAGGAGUGUUUUCAUGCAUAGAAUAGAAUAGAAAGUACUUUAUUGAUCCCUGGGGGAAAUUCAGCACCACAGUUCGCUCACAAUAGACAAUAAACACUUAGGUAUUUUUUACAUGUGAAUAAUAUUAAUACAGUCUAUUAUACAGCAUUAUUCACAUGUGAAUAAUAUAAAUACAGUCUAUUAUACAGCAUUAUUCACAUGUGAAUAACAUAAAUACAGUCUAUUAUACAGCAUUAUUCACAUGUGAAUAAUAUAAAUACAGUCUAUUAUACAGCAUUAUUCACAUGUGAAUAAUAUAAAUACAGUCUAUUAUACAGCAUUAUUCACAUGUGAAUAAUAUAAAUACAGUCUAUUAUACAGCAUUAUUCACAUGUGAAUAAUAUACAUGUAUUAUACAUAUAUUCUACAUUUAAGUACAGUCAAGCUUCCGCAGCUAGUGGGUCCAUGACCAUGACUUCUGUUUUGUACGAUCAUCCGUUUUACUGCCGUUUUUCUAGACCCUGUUUGGAAACAGUUAAGGUUUGUUGAUACAUUUGCAAAAUAUUUUUGUGUAAAUAGCUUAUUUCACGAUGUACAUAUCUGCGGCUUAUAAUCCGGUGCGGCUAACGUAUAGAAAAAUGUUUUUUUUCUUUUAAAAUUUAGUGGGUGCGGCUUAUAUAGUCCAGAAAAUACGGUACAUAUUGCGCAAGUGACAGACCCAACAAAGCACACCUGUGACGUGAAAACUAUCUCUUGAAGCUCAUGAAGAGAAUGCUAAGAGUGUGCAAAGCAGUAAUCAGAGCAAAGGGUGGCUAUUUUGAAGAAACUAGAAUAUAAAACAUGUUUUCAGUUAUUUUUGGUUAAGUACAUUACUCCACAUGUGUUCAUUCAUAGUUCUGAUGUGACAAUGUAAAUAGUCAUGGAAAUAAAGGUUUGGUCUGUACUGCACGAGAACUUCCAGAAGAAUGUUUCUUUGCUGAAGUGCCAAGUGUCACCAUGUGUUCUCCAUUCCUCAAGUGAUGUAGUUUUCAUUUGCACAGCGGGUGCUGUUGACUUGUUGGUGACUAGAACGUAUUAGACGGUGUUGUGUUUACAAGGCUGACUGCGAUGAAGCGGCGGGUUGUCACUUUUGCAUUGUGUUGGGUUUUUUUUUUAUCCACCUAUUUAUUUGUGACUGGAUCUAAUCAGUGUUUCAUUAUCUCUCACCAUGCUGACUUGCUUUAAUUGUAUGUUGGGUUUUUUUUUCAAACCAUGGAAGGAUUCUGUGAAUGUGAACCAUUUGAUUCUGUUUGUGCUCUUAACCUGUGGAACACUGUUGUAGUGAAUCGUUUUUGACAUUGUGACUUUUCGGUGGUGAAGAAAGACAAAAAAAGAAGGGAAUGAAAGAGUGAAAGGUGAUUUGUGUUUUCAUUGUUGUCUUCCCAGGUUGCAUUUUGACACUUUUCGUUUGGCCCAUGGCUGGAAAAGUUGCCGGAGGCGCCAAUAUAUGCUUUAUUAUUUAAAUCGGUGGUUCUUAACCAUAGGGCCGGGGCCGCCAAAAAUAUAAUCACAGUUGCGGGCCGCAGCGUACUUGGUUGUAAUACACUUGUCCACCACUUGUGGCAGUAAUGACAACAUCAAACAGAAGAAGUCUGGAGCUUAAGUCAAAGUUUAAAACCUCUUAAGGCCCAAGCUGUUUGUUUACAUCCUUUUUUUUUUAUUUCUCUUUGCUAUUUGGGCUUUUUGGACCUUAAUUAGAAUAAAAACUAAGAAUCAUCUUUAGAUAUGAUGUACUUAUUAGUCCAUAAGUAACAAACGUGUACUUCAUGUUUAGUGACAUGCUAAUUCUUAUUUUUACACUUUUUCCCCCCCAAAUUCCAUUGUAUGUUAUACUCUUCUGACACCACCAGAUGGCAGUAUAAGUGUCCACAUAAGCGGCCAUAAGACCCCAAUUCAGUAGUGUACACAAUUUUGGAAAUAAGAGCUAAAAGGUGCUGUCCACACAUGUAGCCACUAAGCCUUUAGAGGUUUUAAGCGCAAAAAAUAUGACUAAAGUGGUCAAGCUGUAUUUUUAUUUGCAGUUUAUUAAAAAAAAC